AGUUCGGCCCCGCUCGGCCCGGAGCGAGGAGGCGGCCCGGAGCGAGGAGGCAAUACGGAGCGAAGAGGCGACCCGGAGCGAGGAGGUGACCCGGAGCGAGGAGGUGACGACCAGGGAGGAAAUGGCGGCAGCCGGGCUCAGCGUGACCGUCACCCACAGCAAUGAGAAGCAUGACCUUCAUGUUACUACCCAGCAGGGCAACAGCGAACCAGUUGUCCAAGAUCUGGCCCAGGCUGUGGAAGAGGCCACUGGGGUUCCACUGUCUUUUCAGAAACUCAUAUUUAAGGGAAAAUCUCUGAAGGAAAUGGAGACACCAUUGUCAGCACUUGGAAUACAAAAUGGUUGCCGGGUCAUGUUAAUUGGGAAAAAGAAGAGUCCAGAGGAAGAAGUUGAACUAAAGAAGUUGAAAGAUUUGGAAAAGUCUGUGGAGAAGAUAGCUAACCAACUAGAAGAGCUGAAUAAAGAGGUUACCGGAAUCCAACAGGGUUUUCUGGCCAAGGAUUUGCAAGCUGAAGCUCUCUGCAAACUUGAUAGGAGAGUAAAAGCCACCAUAGAGCAGUUUAUGAAGAUCUUGGAAGAGAUUGAUGCACUGAUCCUGCCAGAAAAUUUCAAAGACAGCAGAUUGAAAAGGAAGAGUUUGGUGAAAAAGGUUCAAGCAUUCCUAGCUGAGUGUGACACAGUGGAGCAGAACAUCUGCCAGGAGACCGAGCGGCUGCAGUCUACAAACUUGGCCCUGGCUGAGUGAGGUGCAGCAGAGAGAGACUGUACUGCCCUGAAGAACAGCACCAGCAGCUCUACCUACUCUGAACAGAAGUUACCUGAUUUCUCCAGGGCUACUGGGGCAAUCAGUCAAUUGCCAAUUUUCCUACUCCUACACCAGUUCUCAAUGAAAAAGUAUUGCCUUUGCAGUCUUGAGUAGACCUCCUGACUGUCUU